CUGAUCGACACUGGCAAUAUAUCUCCCGUCACUCUCGUCCCAAGGACGCAAGCGCCCAUCAUGUUCAUUCUCACCAAAAUCGCGGACCUGGUCGAGAUUGCACCGGAGGAUUUCCGCAAGAAGAGCAUGAACGCCAUUGAAGACAACAUCAACGCGAAAUACGCGAACAAGGUCAUUCAGAAGAUUGGUCUCUGCAUUUGCCUGUACGACGUCUUGUGGACCUCGGAGGGUCUCAUUGGCCAUGGCACCGGCCUUGUCAACGUCAACGUUGAGUUCAGAAUGGUUGUCUUCAGACCAUUUAAGGGAGAAGUUAUGAUUGGCAGAAUCAGGAGUUCUACGCCGGCUGGCAUCAACCUAAGAACAGACUUUUUCGACGAUAUCUUUAUUCCCUUCGACGAGCUUCCCGAAGGCGCAGAAUAUAACCACUCAGAACAAUUAUGGAUCUGGAAUAUUGAAGGUGACAGACUCUUCUACGACAAUCACGAGAUGGUCAGAUUCCAGGUUAUCGACGAAGAAUGGCACGACCAGACACCCGCAGGACCCAGCCAGGGAGAGGAAGCCGCCCCACCGAAACCACCAUACAAGGUGAAGGGCACGAUGGCCAUGGAAGGACUCGGCGUGUGCCUGUGGUGGGACGGACAAGGAAGCGAGUAG